AUGGCCGCGAUGGUGCACCCCGAGGCGCACGAGCAGCCGUCCGGCAAGGUCCUGACCUUUGCCGACCCUGACGCCGCUCCGGGGAACUACCCCGAAACCCAGAUGGACCGCGUCCAAAUGACGCUCCUCAUCAUGUCGUGGAUCCAGCUCCUCCUGGGCUGCACCCUCCCAGUCCUAGACAUUGCAAUCGAACUCAAGGCACGCCCGCACCGCCCAACACGCCCCCCGCACCCCCCCCCACGCCCCACCAGCCAUACCUCGCACUCCCGCGCCGGGGCGGCGGAGCGGCGGCGCCGCGGACCCCCCCCGGCACCCCCACCAACACGUGUCGGUCCAACCUGA